CCCAGCUCCCUUCCCAGGCCCACAGCAAUGGCCACAGCGAUGGCUCAGAAGUUGAGCCACUUUCUGCCUGGCUUGCGGCAGGUUGGCCCCGAGUCUCGGCCAUCCAUGCAGCCAGAGCCUGUCUUCACCGUGGACCGAGCUGAGGUGCCGCCCCUCUUCUGGAAGCCAUACAUCUACGUGGGCUACCGGCCGCUGCACCAGACUUGGCGCUUCUACUUUCGUACGUUGUUCCAGCAGCACAAUGAGGCAGUGAAUGUGUGGACUCACCUCCUGGCGGCCCUGGUGCUACUGCUGCGCCUGGCCAUCUUUGUGGCCACUGUGGACUUCUGGGGAGACCCGCACGCCCUGCCUCUCUUCAUCAUCGUCUUUGCAUCCUUCACCUACCUCUCCUUCAGUGCCUUGGCUCACCUUCUGCAGGCGAAGUCCGAGUUCUGGCAUUACAGCUUCUUCUUCCUGGACUACGUAGGUGUGGCCGUGUACCAGUUUGGCAGUGCCUUGGCUCACUUCUACUAUGCCAUUGAGCCUGCCUGGCAUGCCCAGGUGCAGGCUGUUUUCUUGCCCCUGGCUGCCUUUCUUGCCUGGCUUUCCUGCAUCGGUUCCUGCUACAGCAAAUACAGCCAGAAGCCAGGUCUGCUGGGCCGCACUUGCCAGGAGAUGCCCUCUGCACUGGCCUAUGCCCUGGACAUCAGUCCUGUGGCACACCGUAUCUUGAUGUCGCCCAAUCUUGCCUCAGAUGACCCUGCUCUUCUCUACCACAAGUGCCAGGUGAUCUUCUUCCUGUUGGCCGCUGCUUUCUUCUCAGCCUGCAUGCCCGAGCGUUGGUUCCCCGGUAGCUGCCACAUCUUUGGACAGGGCCACCAGAUCUUCCACGUCUUCUUGGUGCUGUGCACAAUGGCUCAGCUGGAGGCUGUGGGUCUGGACUAUGAGGCUCGGCGACCCAUCUAUGAGCCUCUGCACACUCGCUGGCCCCACAACUUCUGUGGCCUCUUCCUGCUCACUGUGGGCAGCAGUGUCCUCACUGCGUUCCUCCUGAGUCAGCUGGUGCGGUGCAAACUCAAGCAGAAGGCCAAGUAAGGGUGGUGGGAGCUGCCAGGGAGGGAGGUGCAAGGGUGCAGGGGCCCGGACUUGGCUCCAGAUGUGAACAAGUCCUGGUAAAGUUGUGUUUGGCU